CAUCCCGAGAUGCACUGACGCAUCUGCGCGCUAAACACCCGGUGCGUGCGCGCUCCCGCUGCUGUGAGCGAGCGAGCGAGUAAGGAGGAAGAUGGCGGCGCUGAUCCUCCCGACUGACUGGAUAAAAAACUGGGACAAAUCCGGCAAAAAUGAGUUUUUACAGUUUUUCCAGGACCUUGCGGGGAAACCCAGCAGUGAUGAAUUUGUUAAGGAUCUGCAGACAGCCCUGUAUGAGCUCUGCUGGCAUGUUAUCCAGGGCAAUCUGAAGGUGGAUGUGGCUGCCGGUCUCCUGGCUGAUGUAAUGGAGCUGCGGGACGAUAUGCCUUCUGUUUUAGCUGAUGUUUUCUGUAUAUUAGAUAUUGAGACUGGCUGUUUGGAGGAGAAGCACAAGCGAGAUCAUUUUACCCAGCUGGUUGGAGCCUGUUUGAUCUGUGUUCCUGAUGGUAUGCUGAAGGAGAGAUUAGAUCCAGAAACGCUGGAGUCUCUGGGACUGAUCAAGCAGGCUCAGCAGUUCAACCAGAAGAUUGUCAAAAUCAAGACUAAACUAUUCUACAAACAGCAGAAGUUCAAUUUGCUGCGCGAGGAGAAUGAAGGUUACGCUAAGCUGAUCACAGAGCUUGGGCAGGAUCUGUCCGGGAAUCUCACCAGCCACCUCGUCCUUGAGAACAUCAAGUCAUUAAUAGGAUGUUUCAAUCUGGACCCAAACCGCGUGCUGGACAUCAUCUUAGAGGUGUACGAGUGUCGCUGGGAGCAGGAUGAGUUCUUCAUCCCUCUUAUCAAGUCCUACAUGUGCGAGCACCAGACUCUCUGCCACAUGCUGGGCUUCAAGUUCAAGUUCCACCAGGAGCCUAACGGAGAAACGCCAUCAUCUCUGUACCACAUCGCUGCAGCUCUUCUUCAACACAAUCUCAUCGCUCUUGAAGACCUCUACGUUCAUCUCCUCCCACUGGAUUCCAGCAUCGUGGAAGAGCACAAGAGAGAGAUCCUGGAGGCCAAGCAGAUCGCCCGCAAACUCACCAUGGUGGUCGUCCCCUCUGAGAAGACCGAGGACAAGGAGAAAGAAAAGGAGAAGGAAGAGGAGAAGAAUGAGAAGCCUCCUGAUAACCAGAAGCUGGGGCUGCUGGAGGCGCUGCUGAGGAUCGGUGACUGGCAGCACGCUCAGAGCAUCAUGGAUCAGAUGCCAGCUUUCUACGCCACCUCCCACAAGGCCAUCGCCAUCGCACUGUGCCAGCUGCUGCACCUGAUCGUGGAGCCGCUCUACCGCAGGGCUGCAGUCCCCAAAGGUGCCAAAGGUGGUUUGAUGACGCCUCUGCGGAGCAAGCAGGCACCGCGGCCGGCCGAAAGAUUUGACGAUCUCUCCAGGGACGUCUUCACCAUGCUGUGCUACCUGGGCCCUCACCUGUCCCACGACCCCAUCCUGUUUGCCAAGAUCGUGCGACUGGGCAAGAGUUUCAUGAAAGAGUUCCAAAGUGAAAGCAGGCAAGACACAAAGGACAGAAUGGACUCUCUGCUGAGCUGUUUUCUCAGUAUUGCCGAUCAGGUGCUGUUACCAUCUCUCUCUCUCAUGGAGUGCAACGCCUGCAUGUCUGAAGAGCUCUGGGGCUUCUUUAAACUCUUCCCCUACCAGCACAGGUAUCGUCUUUAUGGGCAGUGGAAGAAUGAGACGUACGGCAAUCAUCCUCUCCUGGUGAAGAUCAAGGCUCAGACAGUAGACCGAGCCAAAUACAUCAUGAAGCGACUGACUAAGGAGAACGUGAAGCCCUCAGGAAGGCAGAUUGGGAAGUUAAGCCACAGUAACCCCACCAUUCUCUUUGAUUAUAUUCUGUCUCAGAUCCAGUGGUACGAUAACCUCAUAACUCCAGUGGUGGACUCUCUCAAAUACCUCACCUCCCUCAACUAUGAUGUGCUGGCCUAUUGCAUUAUUGAAGCUUUAGCCAACCCAGAGAAAGAGAAGAUGAAACACGAUGACACGACCAUUUCAUCAUGGCUGCAGAGUCUCGCUAGUCUGUGUGGAGCGGUUUUCAGGAAAUAUCCCAUCGAGUUAGCUGGUCUUCUGCAGUAUGUGACCAACCAGCUGAAAGCAGGCAAGAGUUUUGACCUGCUGAUCCUGAAGGAGGUGGUGCAGAAGAUGGCAGGAAUUGAGAUCACAGAUGAAAUGACUGUGGAGCAGCUGGAGGCCAUGACAGGCGGAGAACAGCUCAAAGCGGAGGGUGGCUACUUUGGACAGAUCAGGAACACUAAGAAGUCGUCUCAGCGUCUGAAGGAUGCUCUUCUGGACCACGAGCUGGCGUUACCGCUGUGUCUCCUGAUGGCCCAGCAGAGGAACGGGGUGGUCUUCUCUGAGGGGGGAGAGAAGCAUCUCAAACUCGUGGGGAAGCUUUAUGAUCAGUGUCAUGACACUCUUGUACAGUUUGGUGGCUUCCUGGCGUCUAACCUCAGCACAGAAGACUACAUCAAAAGGGUGCCGUCAGUCGAUGUCCUCUGCAACCAGUUCCACACGCCACACGACGCCGCCUUCUUCCUGUCUCGGCCCAUGUAUGCCCAUCAGAUUCUGUCCAAGUACGAUGAAUUGAAGAAGGCAGAGAAGGGCAACCGGCAGCAGCAGAAGGUCCAUAAGUACAUCGCGGCCUGCGAGCAGAUCAUGGCCCCUGUGCACGAGGCUGUCGUGUCUCUUCACUUGCCCAAAGUGUGGGAUGAUCUUCGUCCUCAGUUCUACGCCACUUUCUGGUCCCUCACCAUGUACGACCUGGCGGUGCCGCACAACGCCUACGACCGCGAGGUCAACAAGCUGAAGAUGCAGAUCAAGGCUAUCGAUGAAAACACGGAGAUGCCUCUGAACAAAAAGAAGAAAGAGAAGGAGCGCUGCACAGCGCUGCAGGACAAGCUGCAGGAAGAGGAGAAGAAGCAGCUGGAGCAUGUGCAGAGAGUUCUGCACCGUCUCAAACUGGAGAAAGACAACUGGUUACUCGCCAAAUCCACUAAGAAUGAAACCAUCACGAAGUUCCUGCAGCUCUGCAUCUUCCCCCGCUGCGUCUUCUCAGCCAUUGAUGCCGUUUACUGCGCUCGCUUCGUGGAGCUGGUGCACCAGCAGAAGACGCCCAACUUCUGCACCCUGCUCUGCUACGACCGAGUGUUCUCUGAUAUCAUCUACACGGUAGCGAGCUGCACAGAGAACGAGUCGCGCCGCUACGGCCGCUUUCUGUGCUGCAUGCUGGAGACUGUGACUCGAUGGCACAGCGACAGAGCCGUCUAUGAGAAGGAAUGUGGCAACUAUCCUGGGUUCCUGACUAUUUUCCGAGCCAGUGGUUUCGACGGAGGGAACAAAGCCGAUCAGCUGGACUAUGAGAAUUUCCGGCAUGUUGUUCACAAAUGGCAUUACAAGUUGACUAAAGCGUCGGUUCACUGUCUGGAGACGGGCGAGUACACCCACAUCCGCAACAUCCUGAUCGUGCUCACCAAGAUCCUACCCUGGUACCCCAAGGUGCUGAACCUGGGCCAGGCUCUGGAGUGCCGCGUUCACAAGAUCUGCCAGGAGGAGAAAGAGAAGAGGCCCGAUCUCUAUGCGUUAGCCAUGGGCUACUCUGGCCAAUUGAAAGGCAGGAAAGUGCACAUGGUGCCAGAAAAUGAGUUCCACCAAAAGGAGCAGCCAGUGCGCAGCGCCACGUCUGGCUCUCUGCAGAACGGACCGGGCAACACGGGCAAGCCUGCGGUCACUGCCGCCACCGCCAGCGCUGGCAAAGCCGAGGAGGGCGCCGUCGAGGACUCAGAUAAAUCCAAGGACAAAUCUCAGGCGGCUCAGAAAGCUGCCAGCAAAAACAGCACCGCAGCCAAUAAAGUGAGCAGCAGCAACGGAAGCAGCACGCCAAACAGCACUAAAGGGAGCAAAGAGAAAGAAGAUAAAGAGAAGACCACAAAGGAGAAAAAGGAGAAGAAAGAAAAGAACCCAGGAAGCACUCCAGAGGCCAAGGCAGGAGGGAAGGACAAACAGAAGGAGGAGAAGCCCACUGACAGCAAGGAGAAGACGCCCAAGGCCGACAAGGACAAGAGGAAGGAUGACAAGAAGGAAGAGAAGAGCAAGAUCGAUGGGAAAACCGCCGAAAAAGAGUGGUCCAAGGAACGCGACGUGUCCAACGACAGCAAGACUAAGGAAGGCAGCAAAGUGGAGAAGAGCGCUGGGGCCGGAAGCAUGAAGUCCCUCGUGCCCAGGUCCGAAGGAGUCGAGUCUGACCGGGCAGAGCAAAAAAGACGAAAGCUUGACACACACUCGUCACCGUCGCACUCCUCUGCAGUUAAGGACAAUCUCAACGACUUCAAGGACUCAGCUUCAAAGCACCAUCCUAACCACAGCACAGUCCUGCCCAAGAGCAAAGAGAAGGACGACGAGAAGAAAGAGUCUGACAAAUCCAGGGACCGUUCCAACGAGAGGGAGAAGAAAGAAGACCGGAAGGACCGGAAACGAGUAAGUGGCUCCGUCCCUGACGCAGUUAAAGGACUUGGGCACUUGGACUACUCAAACAGUGACCGCGAGAUGAGCCAGGAAGCCAAGCGCCGCAAAGAUGAAAAUGGAAUGAGCUCCUCCAAACACAGCAAGAGCGCCAGCCCCUCCGAAUCGCCACACUCCAACGACAAGGACAGCAGCAAACGCUCCAAGUCCACCAGCAAGGACAAGAGCGAUCUGGCCAAACCGGAGAAGACCUCUGGAGGCAAAAAGGAGUCCAGGCACGACAAAGAGAAAUCCGAAAAGAAGAGAGACAGCACUGGCGCUAAAGAAGAGAAGAAACACCAUAAAUCAUCAGAAAAGCACAGAUAAUCUAUGCUGACACUCGAGGUGAGCGUUCAUGUGGAGGAAGUGCUUUAAGAGUGCAGAGAUGGCUCAGUGAAAGUGAAAAAGAGCAGUUAAUUGAUAUGCAGUGUGCUUGUGGAUAAUGCAGAAGUUUCCUGAGUGGCACUGGCGGCAGGAUUCAUCAGCCCAGCUUUCUCAACCACGUCAGCAUCUUAAUUCCCUUCUCCGAUCACCGUCUGGAAAGAGGACUCGCAUUGCCUGCAUCCAAACGUCUGUUGUUUUGCCUAGAAAUGUCGUCGCUCGUAUUUUAAUCUGCCAUUUUUAUUGUGAUAUUUUCAGUACUACACUGAAAGUUUGUUUCCUUUAAUAUUUAGCACAAUGUGCUCCUUGCAUCACAAACAGAUUCAGGUUGAAUUGGUGUCGCUCUCAAAUGCUUGCGUUUUUAUGACCUUGCUUAUUACUUUCUUUUCUGUUUUCUUUCUUCUUUUCUUUCUUUUUAAGUAAAAAGAAAGCUCUGGUUUCCUGAAUACUACUUUUCCUUUUUUUUUUAAUUCACAUGUGAUAUUUAGUCUAGGUGUUUGAAGCCGUACAAAUGCUCUAUUUGUAUAUUAUGUACACAGAAAUAAAAUGGUUCCAUGUAAUAAGACACUUCCUGUUACUUUCAUUUCAAAUGUACGCCCCUGGAUUUCCUUUGUGUGUUCAAUCAUGUUUUUAAUAGAUUUGUAUGAAGAAUGGCAAGCUGGAUUUCUCCGUGAAUAAGUGGACUAAAAAGGAAACAAUUCAUGACUUUCCAAAUUACUUGAUGGAGUUUUUAUCUGGCAGAAUCUACAGUGUAUGCUUUUUCUAAAUAAAAUAGUUUUAUUAGUGUA